AUGUCUGCAUACGAAAAAAAUUGAAAUUCUUUAUUUUAGACAUAAAGACGACUCUCCUUGUGACGUACUGUUUGCGUGACGUAAUGUUUUAAUUCGCGUUUGAAACAAUGAACACGCGCUUUCGUAGAUCGCAUAUAAACAUCACACCACAACAAGCAAUUCAAUUCAUUCACGAAAUAAUUAUUUGUUUAAAACUGAGGGGAUUUAAUGAUGUUUGUUUUGUUUAGAUUUUGUCGUUACCUUAUUUUUAGCGACGGCAAAUAGUCGUCGGGAUUCAACGAUAUUUUGUCGUGAAAGAAGAUGGAACUUACUGAUCUUCUUGAAGUCAUCUCAAGAGCAGAUUUUGUUAUUCCUCUUAUGAUGUCAUGUGUGGUGGCAUUCUUUUCGCUCAUUUAUAUCGUAAAGACGGGAAACAGUCAACAGAACGAAGAUCGUCUCGAGGGAAAGGGGAGUGAUAAAGUACUACAAUCACCUACGAUGGAGAGUAACAUCCAGUCGGAGGCAGAAAUGCAAGAUCUUUUACUUGACGCGCAAGAUGUGAAUAUGAUGAAGAAAGUUGACGAUCUGGACACAAAGGAUCCAUCUGCGGUGAAGCAGUAUGUACAACAGCUGAGGACGCAGUCGUACAAAACCAACCUUUCCGACAUCGAGAAACACAAAGAAGAAGAGGCGAAGCGGCAGCAGUUAGCGCAGAUUUACGCUUUAAUGAAUCGAGAGAAAGAGAAAUUUGGAGAAACUUCCAUUGGUGACCUGCAAGAUCAAAUGACUUUAUAUGGUUGAGCAAUCACGUCACAACCUGAGUGAUUUUGAACAACUACCCCGUAAAAUUUCUGUUGUUUGGAACUUUUUUCUUUUCAUUGCACAGGAAAUUUCGCACUUUUUAUUAGUCACGUAAAAAUCUCUCUAAAUCUAAACGGGCCGAAUAUGCAUGCAUUAAGGAAUUGUCUUUUCGUUUUCCUGAAAGAUUUUUUAUUUUGUAGUGAAAUGAAGAUGUGAAACAAGAAUUAAAAAAUGAUUUUCCAAUUCGAAAGGAAGACAGAUUUUUUUUUAAUAGGCUUUUUUCCAGGUUAUUUAUUAACUUCUUAACUACUCAAAAAUUUGUUAUAUGUAUAUAUAUAUAUAAAAAUAUGUUGUAGAAAAUUAAUUUUUAAAAUUAUUUAAGUGUUAUAAAUGACAACUUAUACAAGUUAAAUUUCCUUUAAAACGUUUGAUUAUUUGGUGUGUUUUAUUGACGAAAAACAAAAAUCAAAAAGUGUCCAAAUUGACGUACAUUAAAAAAAGGUGUAGUGAAAAAAAAACUGGGGUACCCUAUAUCCUGUGUCUUUUUAGGUUUACUCAUGUUAAAUUUACAGACCAGAUGGCACAAGUUUCGAAACUUUUUGUGGAAGUUUUUCUGACCAAUUUCCAUUUAGGAACAAAAAUGAAUUUGCAACUUUAUAAUACCCGUAUACGUCUGGCUGUCUGUCUGUCACGCAAAAUGGUAGCUUAGCUGCGCAAUAACGAGAAGCAGGCAAUGCGAUUUAAAUAGGGCAGGCGAACCCGUGGAUUUUCCACGGGCUAACGACUAGUUUCGUUAAUUAUUGUUGUUGUUGUUUAAAUUUUUAUUUUUGUUCAGAUACGAAUUUGAUGAUAAAAAUCUUUGAAAUGAAUAAUGAAAGUUGUGUCUA